AUGUCCGGGACGCGCGGGAUCGUGCGCCACGGCGCCGCGUUCAGCAAGCACUUCGCCGCGUGCACGCUCGACGCGCGUCGAUCGAGGGACGACCAUCUCGGGACGCCCGACGUCGUCGCGGACGACGCGGACGCGGACGCCGCCUCUGAAAAAUCGCGUCCGCGCGCGUUCGCGUCCGCGGACGACGUCGUCGACGUCGUCCUCGCGGCGAAGGACGGGUGGGGCCGCGAGCUUCUCGCGGAGCUGUGCGACGACCUCGGACUCCCGAGGUUCGGCGCGGACGACGCGAAGGGCGGCGCCUCGUUCGGGACGACGGAGGUUGAGAUCCUCGCGUGCGUCACCGAGACGCUGGACGCCGGACCCGACGACGGCGGCGGCGGCGGCGGCGGCGGCGGCGGCGGCGGCGGCGACGGCGGCGGCGGUGCGAGCGGCGGGGCGCCCCCACGAUGUUGCCUCCACCCGACCGAGCUGAGGGUCCGGAAGAGAGGAAGGGCGGACGGCGAGGAGGGAUGGCGGACGUGGGUCGCGGCGGCGGCGGACGCGUCGCGCGACGGCGACGGCGACGGCGACGCGACGCCGCGCGCGGCCGACGUCGACGACGCGACCGUCGUCGACGCGGAGAACACGUCGAACCCGGAACCGGAACCGUCGAAAAAGGAUAGCGGUAAGAAGAAGACGCACUGGCACAAGAUAAAGAAGGACAACCGCGCGUCAUCGUUCGCGGCGCUCCUCGUCGAACGCUUCGGCGUCGAGACGUUGCGUCUGGGCGCCGGCGUCGUCGACGUCGCCGGCGGCGGCGGCGAACUCGCGUUCGAGCUCACCACGCGAUGGGGCGUCCCGUGCACGAUCAUCGAUCCGCGCGGCAGCGGCGUGGUGUUGACGUCCAAGCACAAGCGUCUGUUGCGGUCGCGCGCGGAGAACGGCGCGAUGAUCGACGACGCGUGGGCCGCCGCGUCGCCGCUCGCGAGGGGACUCCGCGCCGAGUGGCGCCGGCGCGUCCCGGAAAGCGUCGAGCACGUCAAGCGUUCGUUCGAUCACACCGUCAUGCGCGACGCCGCGCUCGCGAGGUUGCUCCGCGAGUGCUCCGCGAUCGUUGGUCUCCACCCGGACCAGGCCACGGGCGCGAUCGUGGACGCGGGGUUGGUUUUGAACAAGCCCUGGGCGGUUGUCCCGUGUUGCGUGUUUCCGAAAUUGUAUCCGACGCGCGCGGACCCCGUCGCCGGCGUCGCCCCCGUGCGCACGACGGACGCGCUCGUGCGUCAUCUCAUGGCGAGGGCGCCCGGGGAGACGCGCGCGUGCGAGUUGCGGUGCGAGGGCGCGAAGACCGCGGUGUGGUGGAUCCCGAGGGAGGGCGAGGGUGGUAAAGACUCGGCGGCGGCGGCGCCGGAGGGUCGAGAGGAUUGGCCGUGGCCCGCGCCGCCGCGGGGGACGAAAAGCGGCGCGAGAGGACCGUUCGCGAUGCCGCCGGGAUGGCGCGCGCCGACGGACCGGGUGACGUGACUAGACGUAGCAUCAUAGCGUCGUUGUAGAGCGACAGAAGUAGUGUAGGCUCCGUGGGUCGCGCGUGGACGCGGCUCGGGGAUGCGCCGCCGCGGCGGAAGGCGAGUCGAUUUUUUUCGCGGUGUUAACAAAUGGUUUGACGCGA